AUGGCUUCCGCUACUAGCUUCUAUGAUUUCAAGCCUCUUGAUAAAAAAGGCAGUCCCGUCCCCCUCUCCACCUACUCCAACAAAGUCGUCCUAAUCGUCAACACGGCCUCCAAAUGCGGCUUCACACCACAGUACGAAGGUCUCGAAAAGAUCUACAAAUCCAUCAACGCCACACACCCCGACUCAUUCAUCAUCCUCGGCUUCCCCUGCAACCAAUUCGGCUCGCAAGAGCCCGGAUCCGACGACACGAUCCAAGAGUUCUGCCAGCUGAACUACGGCGUCUCGUUCCCCAUCAUGGGCAAGACGGACGUCAAUGGCGAUAAGGCGAACCCGCUGUUUGAGUGGUUGAAGGAGGAGAAGCCCGGGUUGUUGGGUAUGAAGAGGGUCAAGUGGAAUUUCGAGAAGUGGCUUGUGGGCAAGGAUGGGAAGGUUAAGGGGAGGUGGGCGAGUACCACGAAGCCGGAGUCGUUGGAGAAGGCGAUUUUGGAGGAGAUUGCGAAGGGUGGGGAGGCGAAGGCUGGGUUGUAA